GCGGAGCCGGGCGGGGGCGGCCGCCGCGCCUCCCCUCCCCCCGCACACGCCGGGGCUUCUCAGUGGCCGCCCGAGGAGGAAGUUCCGCUCCCCGCCAGACCCGUGCGCUAGCAACAGCGGCGGCGGCGGCUGCGAGGGCGCAGGCUUUUGGGGGCGCGAAUGCCCUUCGUGCCGGCCGUCGAGGGGGCAGCGUCGGAGCUCUCCCGGGAGCCGGGAGCCUGGGGGCGGCGUCGGGAGGCGCGGGCGUGCGAGACCCCCUCCCUGCGACUUCGCCCGGCGCCGCUGCUUCGCCUUCCCGGCGAGGCGGGAGACCUCCCUCCCCGUUGGCAGACUUCCGAGGAGCCCCUUAUUUUUCCACCACCGAGGUGAAGAGAUUCUGAAAUCGAAGCAUCAGGGGUGGUUAAGUGAACCUUCUGCAACUCCUCGGAUCUGGUCAGGCUCCCGUUUGGGGCGGCAGACCACAUUGGAGCAUCUCACUGGGGUGCCGGAAUGGAAGACCCCACCUUGCAUCCUUUCUGCAGCGUUGCUUGCCUCGUCCGCCGUUAGGAAUGAAGAGGAGACUUGUGAUAACCCGAGGAGGUACUGAAAGCCAAAUGGCAGAGAAAAUAUCACAGGACACAAACUAGUGAUCGUGUGGGGGCCACACACGUUUUUGAAUGUAAUUGGACGAGCGUGAAAGAGGUGCCCUAUUAAAAAGCACAACAGUCCUUUAAGAGGAGCAAAAUUGAGUUUCCCCAUUUUUGCCAAGAUUUUGAAGACUGUUCAAUGUAUUGUACAUUUGAUAUAAGAUGAUAACUUUAUAAAAUAUUCUGCCCGAGAGCGUAAACGAUGACUACCCCGGCCCUGCUCCCUUUAUCUGGACGACGGAUACCACCUCUGAACCUGGGGCCGCCUUCCUUUCCGCAUCACAGGGCUACCUUGAGACUUUCUGAGAAGUUUAUCCUCCUCCUUAUUCUAAGUGCCUUCAUCACCCUGUGUUUUGGGGCAUUCUUCUUCCUUCCAGACUCUUCAAAACACAAACGCUUUGAUCUGGGUUUGGAAGAUGUGUUAAUUCCCCAUGUAGAUGCCAGCAAAGGGGCCAAAAACCCUGGAGUCUUCCUGAUCCAUGGACCUGAUGAACAUAGACACAGGGAAGAAGAAGAACGUUUGAGAAAUAAAAUUCGAGCUGAUCACGAGAAGGCCCUGGAAGAAGCAAAAGAAAAAUUAAAAAAGUCGAGAGAGGAAAUCCGAGCAGAAAUUCAGACAGAGAAAAAUAAGGUAGUCCAAGAAAUGAAGACAAAAGAGAAGAAGCCACUGCCACCAGUCCCUAUACCAAAUCUAAUAGGAAUAGAUGGUGGAGACCCAGAAGAUAAUGACAUAAGAAAGAAAAGGGAAAAAAUUAAAGAGAUGAUGAAACAUGCCUGGGAUAAUUAUAGGAUAUAUGGAUGGGGACAUAAUGAACUCAGACCCAUUGCAAGGAAAGGACACUCCACUAAUAUCUUUGGAAGUUCACAAAUGGGUGCUACCAUAGUAGAUGCUUUGGAUACCCUUUAUAUCAUGGGACUUCAUGAUGAAUUCCGAGAUGGGCAAAAAUGGAUUGAACACAACCUUGAUUUCAGUGUGAAUUCAGAGGUGUCUGUGUUUGAAGUCAACAUUCGAUUUAUUGGAGGCCUGCUUGCAGCGUAUUACCUUUCGGGAGAAGAGAUAUUCAAGAUUAAAGCAGUUCAGCUGGCUGAGAAACUCCUUCCUGCCUUUAACACACCUACUGGGAUUCCUUGGGCAAUGGUGAAUCUGAAAAGUGGAGUAGGGCGGAACUGGGGCUGGGCAUCUGCAGGUAGCAGCAUUCUUGCCGAAUUUGGUACACUGCACAUGGAGUUUGUCCACCUCAGCUACCUGACAGGGGACCCCGUCUACUACAAGAAGGUCAUGCAUAUUCGGAAACUACUUCAGAAAAUGGAUCGUCCAAAUGGUCUUUAUCCAAAUUAUUUGAACCCAAGAACAGGUCGCUGGGGUCAGUAUCAUACAUCAGUUGGCGGGCUGGGAGACAGUUUUUAUGAAUACUUACUGAAAGCAUGGUUGAUGUCAGAUAAAACAGACCAUGAGGCAAGGAAAAUGUAUGAUGAUGCUAUUGAGGCUAUAGAGAAACAUCUUAUUAAGAAGUCCCGAGGAGGUCUCACCUUUAUUGGAGAGUGGAAAAAUGGGCACUUAGAAAAGAAGAUGGGGCAUUUGGCCUGUUUUGCUGGGGGAAUGUUUGCACUAGGAGCAGAUGGUUCCAGGAUGGAUAAAGCUGGUCAUUAUUUAGAGCUAGGGGCAGAAAUUGCACGUACAUGUCAUGAGUCAUAUGACAGAACUGCAUUAAAGCUGGGUCCUGAGUCGUUCAAGUUUGAUGGUGCGGUAGAGGCUGUGGCCGUCCGGCAGGCUGAAAAGUAUUACAUCCUCCGUCCAGAAGUAAUUGAAACCUAUUGGUACCUAUGGCGAUUCACUCACGAUCCAAGAUACAGGCAGUGGGGCUGGGAAGCAGCACUGGCUAUUGAGAAGUAUUGCCGAGUGAGCGGCGGGUUUUCCGGGGUGAAGGACGUGUACUCGUCUACUCCUACCCACGACGAUGUGCAGCAGAGUUUCUUUCUCGCUGAGACGUUGAAAUAUUUGUAUCUGCUGUUCUCCAGUGAUGACCUUUUACCUUUAGACCACUGGGUAUUCAAUACAGAGGCUCAUCCUCUGCCCGUGUUACAUUUAGCCAACACCACACUUUCAGGAAAUCCUGCUGUUCGAUGAAAAGCAGCUCCAGAAAGACCAUUCUCCCCUGUGUUUUGUUUACAUGGACCACUACAGAAAUCAGUCUGGAGGGGGGGCUUUUGGAAACCUGGACCUCAUAAGUCAACAUGGCAGGGUGAAACAUGACUGUGCCCCACAAGACUUUUCAACUUGUAGAUAUCUCAACUUUGAAAUGAUUCCAUUUUAUACCUGACCAAAACAUAUUCUGGUAUGUGUAGGACAGCGACCUGACACGCUUUGUUUCGUAAGGAGAUGGUCACAUGGGAAAUCAUGCCUGUUACUACUGUACUGUUUUUAGAGUCCUGGCAUCCGGAGACCAGACUGCCUGAGAAUAAGCCAAGAAUGCGGAGCACCUUGUGGAAGUGAGGGAUGGCCUUUGGAACUGAUUAUACAUUUGUUCCUUCCAAAGUGGAGCAGCUUUCAAAUCAGAUAUUUACUCAUCGUUCAUCCCUUUUUUCUCCAUUUUUAAUGGAAGGAACUAAAACAAACAACAAAAGAGCAGUGGAACCGCAUCAAGAGCAAGAGGUCUGGCAAAAGACAACAAAAGUACCUGUUCCUGUCUCAGUUUUCAGGUUCCCUGUUGGACAAUCAGACUGGCAACCAUUUCAACUCUCAAUCUAUUCCAUUGAAAUCUCUUGGUUAAAUUUGAUUUUCUCUGGGGGCAUGAUCUCACAAAGAAUACUCUUCAAGUCUUCGUCUCCAUACGGAAUCAUUGAAACUGUCGUUUAUCGAAACCACUACUCACGAGCCUGGGUUUGGGAUUUCGUGCAUGUUGAUCAGUCUAGUGUUGGUAGCAUGACGACAAGUGGGGGAAAUGCUGCAGUUUGUUGCCUUGAAACCCGUUUUGAGAGAAAGCCUUGGUUUUGUUGGUAGGAGAUUUUUUUCCCCAAACCAGCAAAUCUACCAAGUGAAUUUUAUCCACUUUAACCUUCUUACAAAUUUAGUAAAAUCCCUCAACUUACAACUCUCUGUGGCUUGGCACAAUUCGCUAUACUAUUAUGCAGCUCCAAAUUUACCUUGAUGAGCCAAAUUACUUUUACAACCUUAUGAAAUCAAAAACAAAAUACAGUGAAACUUGCUCAUACAUUCUAUCUGAAAUGGGAACAGGGGGAUCCUGUAUUAUCUCGUCAGAUGAGCGAACUUUUCACAAAUAUUUUAUGUCAAAAAUAAAAUUCAGCUUUUAUUUUCUCCAAGGAUAUUUAUAGAAAUCCAAAGAAUCAGAACCGCUUCAAAGUAAUUUUUAGUGAUAAAAGUGUGGUAUAAUUAAUCAUAUUAACUAAAUUUGGGAUAUAUCUAAGGGAGUUUCUCUUACCAUAAAUAGAUUUUGCAGUGAUAUUUAUUUUUAAAGAAAUUACUAUUUCUUCAUAUUUGGGGGGGAGGAACUGAAAUUUUAUCAAGAACUGUAUUGUAAGAUAAAUAUGAUUGUAAGUUUUCUGUCCCUUGAAUUUGUGUCACAGUGCAAGACACUUUUUCUUCUUUACGUUUAAUACAAACAGCUUCCAUUGACAAUAAAAGUUGGGAGCAUUAUAAUCAGUCUAGUAUUUACUCUGAACUUGAAGAUUUCAUGAAACAGUGUUUGUGCAAGAAGCCCACCUUGGAAUUCUGAAGGCUUAUUUUCUUAUUUUGAUAGCUUUUCUUUUUCAUCUCUUAUUAGCACGUAGCAGAUUUUAAUUGGAGAAAAGAUUUAAUAAAUUAACAUAAUUAAGUAUUUUCUAAGGGUGAUCAUCUUACGCCACAAAUCGUCCUCACAGUUCAGCAGUCGAUCCAUAAAUGAUAACCAAACCCGAGAUUUUUCAGGAUACGUAGGAAAUAAGGAUGUGGAGCCAGUUGCAUUAUUUAAGUUUUUAAGAGAGUUAAAUUUUAGCACACAUUUUGAAAUUAUAGUAUGUUUUACUACUUGAAAAGUUAAAAUUUUGAAAUGAGAAGGGGAGAUGACUAACCUGAGAAAGGGAGAAUAUUUGGUUCUCCAAAAAACGUUAGCCUUCUUCCUAAAAGUAGCAUAAGCCCACUUAGGAGUCACUAAAAAACGUGAACCCCUUGAGGUGGCGAAGACCCAGAGCCGCUGAGUAGACGGCAGCGAGUCUGCCCGUACCCUGUUCAGAAGAGGGCAGAGUAAGGGGCCUUCUUGGUCUCCCAGGAGCUUCUCAAGGAAAGAGAAGACAGAGCCUCCGCCCCCUCGGCUGACUGGGGCUUAAGAGAAGGCAGAGAGGUGCGUGAGUAUGGCCCUUUCUGUGCAAGCGAAGAAUCCGGAGAGGGGCAGGGGAAGCUUCGGUCGUCUUCACUGCCUGCUCCCUCCCUGUGAUGGUAAGACUAGAGCUGACCCCAACGCUUCCAUUGUUUUCUUCUCUGGAUACCAAAGGCAAUUAAAGUCAGCUACAAAGGA